AUGCUUCCCGGAGUUCAGCUGCGUGCCGGGGCGUUAUCCCGGCCCCGGCCAGCCUAUUUUCCAGGCGAGGAAAUAUUUAACCGCGGCGUCAGCGGGCAGGGCAGGCGUGCAGGAAUGGAGGGAGGCGGGCAGCACCCGGUCCCUGCUGUCCCCCCGGGCCAGCCCCAGGGUGACCAUCUCCAGCUCCUGCUGCGCCGCAGCCGGGAGGCCAAAAACUGCGCCUAUUGUCCCUACAGCCACUUCCCGGUGGGAGCCGCGCUGCUCACCGCCGGCGGGGAGAUCUUCUCGGGGUGCAACGUGGAGAACGCCUGCUACAGCCUGGGGGUGUGUGCCGAGCGCACGGCCAUCCAAAAAGCCAUUUCCGAGGGGCACACCAGCUUCAAAGCCAUGGCCAUCGCCAGUGACAUGGGGGACCAGUUCAUCACGCCCUGUGGUGCCUGCAGACAAGUGAUGAGAGAGUUUGGCACAGACUGGGAUGUCUACCUGACCAAAGCAGAUGGCACCUACAUUGUCAAGAGGCUGGAGGAGCUGUUGCCUCUCUCCUUUGGCCCUGAGGAGCUGAAGAAGGUCUGA